GUCUGUGCUGCGGGUUUUCGUACUCCACCACCUCUGAGUGCAUUCAAACCUGCCUUUUUUGAUUUUAAACUUAUUAUUCCACAAGGGAGAAGUGUAGCAAAAACGCGCCGCUCUCCCUUUCUCUUUUUGUUUCUGUAAAUGCUGAAUCCGUAGCAGCAGGGAACGUCCUUUUUUAAACAUCAACGAAAACUCUGCUGGCAGUUAUACACCCACCUAUCGCGACCUACAUUAUUUCCUUUGUCUGCUGUUGUGGUUGGACACACAACGCCGCAUUUCAGCAUCUUUCCUUUUUUCUUUUUUCGUGGCUUCUAACGAACGCUAGAGGGACUUAAAAAAAGCAAAUGUCGGCCGACGACGAUCUUGACGCACUUCUCGACGAGGCCAUGGACAUGGUCGACGAGCAGGAGCGCAAGCACGAGGAGGAGGUGCGCGUGCGGGACGCACGGUUGGAGGACGACCUCCAAAAAGCCCUCGACGAGUCCGCCGACGCCGGCGGGGCAGAUGGGGACAUGAUGAAGAUGUUCAUGUCCAUGCUAGGUAACUCAGAUGGUAGCGGAGCCGACGGCGCGGCGCUAGAUGGCUUCAAAAAGAACGUGAUGGCGAUGGUGUCAUCCUUAGAAGGUGAGGAAGGCCUUGGAGAGGAGGACAAGGCUAACCUGGAGCGCGUGAGGGAGCUGAUGCACGUGAUGGAGGAGGAGGACAUCGACAAGGCAAACGAGGUGUUGGAGCGAAUGAAGAACGAUGGCGCGUUGCCGGAGGGCGAGGGCGGUGAGGACGGCGAGGUCGGCGAGGCUUGUCUGCGUCUGCGUCUGCGUCUGCGUCUGCUGCUGCAUCCGCUCCGUCCACUGCAGCUCCCGAGAGCUUUGGCCCCGUACCGGAGAACAUUGCAUCUGUGCUGCUCUCCGCGCUGA